CAAGAGGAAGAUCACGUCUCCAGCCUUCAGACUGAGCUCCAAGCGUCCGCUGCUGCUGAAGUCAAACACCGCCUAACACACACACACACAGCAAAGACACGCAAGCGGGAAACACACACACACACACACCGACGGAGAGAAAGAGAGAGAAACACAUCCUGAGUGAGACCGAGCUGCAGCUGUCAAGAUGGCCAUGAAAAACCUUCUGAAAGAUGAUGAUAUCAAAAAAGCCCUUGAUCAAUUCAAAGCUGCGGACAGCUUCGACCACAAGAAGUUCUUUGAUGUGGUGGGGCUGAAGGCUCUGUCUGCUGACAACGUGAAGUUGGUCUUCCAAGCUCUGGAUGUGGACGCCAGCGGCUACAUCGAGGAGGAGGAGCUUAAGUUUGUGCUGAAGGGCUUUGCUGCAGAUGGCAGAGAUCUUACCGAUAAGGAGACCAAAGCAUUCCUCGCUGCUGCCGACAAGGAUGGAGACGGGAAAAUUGGCAUAGAUGAAUUUGAAGCUUUGGUGCACGAGUAAAUCGUCAAUAUUUGGCAACCCUUUACACCACUACUCUCCUGUGAAUACCUACAGCCAAUCAUAUUGUACAUCUCUACACAUCCUGCCACGAGCUAGGAGCACAACCGCCUCCUUUUACCACAUUUAUUUAUUUACCUUUUCUUUUUUUAUAUACAAUCUCUGUAGAUUUUAGUUAGCUACAACAUCUCUCAUAAAAACCUGGAGAUUCCUGUACUGCUUUCACCACCCAUCUCUUCUUUUUUGUUCACUUUGGCACGUUUCUUUCUGUUUAUGCCUCAAAAUGCUCCUUUCUUCUCCUUAUCUUGCUCCAUCUGUCAUCCCUUCCCUGUUUCGCUCCUCUCUUGUGAUAGAGCCACUGAACACGAUGAAUAUAUGAAGAGAAGGAUUAGACGAAAUGAGAGAAAAAAAUAUUGAAGAGAGAUAAAAUAAAGCCAUGCGUUGAGAAAAAAA